GGAUGCAGCACAGGUGUGACGUCACCCAAUCAGCAUCAACAUGACGAGUCUCCCUUGGUUUACCGAUCGCCAUAAGAAUGUAACAACUGCUGAGAGGCGAGAAACACAGUGGUCGCAACCAGGUUGAGGGCACUGUUGUUAGUUGAGACAAAAGGCUGCUAUCUGCGUGCACUGAAAAGGCAUCAUCAUGAGGGAGAUUGUUCAUAUCCAGGCCGGGCAAUGCGGAAACCAGAUUGGUGCGAAGUUCUGGGAGGUGAUAAGUGACGAACAUGGCAUCGACCCCACCGGCAGUUACCAAGGCGACAGUGACCUGCAGCUGGAGAGGAUAAACGUGUACUACAAUGAAGCAUCAGGUAACAAGUUUGUCCCCCGGGCCAUCCUGGUGGAUCUGGAGCCAGGCACCAUGGACUCUGUACGCUCCGGGCCCUUCGGCCAGCUCUUCAGACCAGACAACUUUGUCUUUGGUCAGAGCGGAGCUGGUAACAACUGGGCUAAAGGCCACUACACAGAGGGAGCCGAGCUGGUCGACUCUGUCCUGGACGUAGUCAGGAAGGAGUCUGAGAACUGUGACUGCCUCCAGGGCUUCCAGCUUACCCACUCCCUGGGAGGGGGCACCGGCUCUGGCAUGGGCACCCUGCUCAUCAGCAAGAUCCGCGAGGAGUACCCCGACCGCAUCAUGAACACCUUCAGCGUCAUGCCCUCACCCAAGGUGUCAGACACGGUGGUGGAGCCUUACAAUGCCACCCUGUCAGUCCACCAGCUGGUGGAGAACACAGAUGAGACCUUCAGCAUCGACAACGAGGCUCUCUACGACAUCUGCUUCCGUACCCUCAAACUCACCACGCCCACCUACGGAGACCUCAACCACCUGGUGUCAGCCACCAUGAGCGGGGUUACCACCUGCCUGCGCUUCCCUGGUCAGCUUAACGCUGACCUCCGCAAGCUGGCCGUCAACAUGGUGCCCUUCCCCCGCUUGCAUUUCUUCAUGCCCGGCUUCGCCCCUCUAACCAGCAGGGGGAGCCAGCAGUACCGUGCCCUCUCCGUGCCCGAGCUCACACAGCAGAUGUUUGACGCCAAGAACAUGAUGGCCGCCUGCGACCCUCGCCACGGCCGCUACCUCACCGUGGCCGCCAUCUUCCGCGGGCGCAUGUCCAUGAAGGAGGUGGACGAGCAGAUGCUGAGUGUGCAGAACAAGAACAGCAGCUACUUCGUAGAGUGGAUCCCCAACAAUGUGAAGACGGCCGUCUGCGACAUCCCGCCCCGCGGCCUCAAGAUGUCCGCCACCUUCAUCGGCAACAGCACGGCCAUCCAGGAGCUGUUCAGGAGGAUCUCUGAGCAGUUCACCGCCAUGUUCCGCCGUAAGGCCUUCCUUCACUGGUACACCGGAGAGGGUAUGGACGAGAUGGAGUUUACAGAAGCAGAGAGCAACAUGAACGACCUGGUGUCUGAGUACCAGCAGUACCAGGACGCCACCGCUGACGAGAUUGGCGAGUAUGAAGAAGACGAGCUGGAGGAUGAGGAGCAGGAUGUCCAGCAGCACCAUGAUGUCCGCCACUGAGGGAUGCCGGGUAGAAGCAGCACAGCAGUCUGUAUGUUAUAUCCACCAGUCAUUUUAAAUUAUCAAUAGUUAUGGAACGAUAGAGGCGCAGAUGAGUUAUCGUCGCGUCAAGAUAUAUUAUAGCUCUUUAGCCUAAAAACUACUACUACUGCGUUUCAUUGUGUUUCGAUUAUGUCUUGAAGACCAUAAGUGAUAUUAGAAACAUAACAAUUAUGUGAGUAUUUUAAAUGACGUCAUUGGUUUUCCAAUUCAUGCUGUAUCAAUGUCAAUAAAACAACAAUACAGUAUUGUCAAAAACCGAUUCUUGUAACAUUUACCUCAGAAUACAUUUUUUGUCGCAAAAUAAAAUGGUGCUGUCCUAUGAA